AUGAAAGUCUUCAAUUGGUCAUUUUUAUUGGAUAAUAAUAGAAUUAAGACAUAAAAAAAAGUUCUUCAAUUCAAUAGAUAAUUACAACAUAGUUAUGAGGUUGUUUUUAUCAUGAUCGAGAUAGAAAAAUCGAGAUGUUAAUUUCGAAACAAAGCGCGGGAACUAUGAUAGCUAUACUAAUAUAUGGAAUAUUGCUUCCGUCAGCCGUAUUUUGUAAUUCGGCAGAGACUCAAAUUUGUUCAGUGUAUAAAAAGGUUGAUAUCAAUAGUGAAAGCAAUAAUGCACUCAAUUCUAUUUCUGACCCAAAAUCAUAUAUUUUUACGUCAAACGGUGAACUCUCAAUGGAUAUUGAAAUAAAAUAUGAAUGUGAUACAUUAAUAUUUAACACGGAAAAUCUUGAUACACUCGACCUGAUUCAACUAAAAAACGUUGAUUCCAUUAAAAGUUAUACAACUGAUGUGUAUUUAAUUAACAAGAAAGGGUUAUUGGAACUUACAUUUCCGCAUAAUUUACCACGAGGCAACUAUACUCUAUAUUUAAAGUAUCAUCGUGGUGUAAGCUCACCUCAUGCUACACUGCACGAAUGGAUAGCGCUCACAAAUUUUGACGACAAUAGUUUUGAUAAAACCAAUAAUCACGCAAUUAGAAUAUGGAUCAGAAGAAACGCUCUGGGACAUGGAAAAUACUUGAUGGAAAAUGUUAAAAAUUUAAUGAAAGCUUUUGAAAAUUAUACCGGUAUCUUGUACAAAGAAAACAAAUAUGUUAAAUUUGAUUUUAUUGUACUGCCCAACCUUCACACGUCGAAAUAUAAAGAUGGAGACUUCAUUUAUGUCGAUGAGGAAUUAUUUGUUGAAGAGGAAUACACUCCAACUGUUGGUAAUGAAAGAUUGUUCCUCGGCAUAGCAAAAUUAAUGACCGAUUAUGCAUUCGAAAACUAUAAUCCUAGUCGACUUCAUAACUACGGAAGAUUGAUAUAUACUCUUAAAGAAUAUCUGAGCUACCAUAUAACCGAUGAGGCUUUGAAAACAUGGAACUUAAUGGAUGUAUAUGCUUAUCAUCAACGACACGGUAUCUUUGAAGAUGAUUAUCUUUAUAGCCGUAGGAAAUUUAAUGGUGUAAAUAUUUAUCCGAAACGUGGUUUCGUGAUUCGAAUGCUCGAACAUGUAGUUGGUGAAAACAAUUUCAAGAAUGUCAUUCAAAAUUACUUACAAAACAGAGAAGAGAUUCGAAACACGAAUGUUUUCUUCAAAAUGAUUGAUGUGGCUGGAAACAACAAUGAUACUUUGGAUAACGCUCUUAAAAGUUGGUUGGGCAGAAUGAGCAUGGCUAUAUUAACAAUAAAUAGAGAUUACAGCAGUAAUAAAGCGACUAUAACGCAGUCACCGUUUUCGAGAAGGAAGGAUGCAAACUUAGUGCCUGACUACUGGGUACCAAUAAAUUUUGCGAGUGAAAAUGAUGCUGAUUUUAGUAAUACUACUGUCACUGAUUGGUUCGAUCCUGAAACGGCAUCGAUUGAAAUUACAGCACCCCCUCGAGAUAACUGGCUCUUAGCCAAUAAACAACAGUUCGGCUACUAUCGUGUUAAUUACGAUGAGAAAAAUUGGAAACUAAUUAUUCAGUAUCUCAAAUCGAAUAAUUAUCAUAAAAUUCAUGUGCUUAAUCGUGCACAGCUGAUCGACGACGCAUUUGUUUUGGCUGAAUUUGGAUACCUGAAUUUCAAUAUCGCUUUUGAUUUAGCGAGAUAUCUCAGAUUAGAAACAGAAUACGUCCCAUGGGCUACGUUUUGGGAAAAAAUGUUCCGUUUGUUUCAAUAUUCCUCGAUAUCUAAUUCACAAUAUUAUGAAAUGUUCAAGAACAUGAUUUCGGAGGUAUCUGAAAGCUUAGAAAGAACUAUAUUGUCCGAUGGAGUAUCAACCGAUAAUGAUCGGAUGAAAAGACUUCAAAAAAUAUCAUUUAUAAAGUGGACUUGCUUCUAUGGAUCGAAAUUUUGCAGAAACUAUACGCUAACUAAACUCGAAAAUUGGCUCACUGACCCAGUUCAGCAUCCACUUUUGCCGGAUAUUCGACGAGAAAUGCUUUGUGCCGGAAUUCGUAGUGCCAAUAAAGAUACAUGGAAUAAAUUAUUAAGCAAGUUUUUAAUUAACAAAGACGAUGACAUUUUGUUGGCACUCAUGUGUUCAUCAGACAAUCAAUUGUUGCAAAAAUUAAUGACAAUGUUUGUAAAGGGUGAAUUAAUUGACAGAAAUCCGUGGUUAUUUUUCCUGGGAAUUGCGCAGCAAAGCACUAAUGGUGUAGAUGUUAUUUUCGAGUUCAUCGAUGAAAAUCGAGAUUUAAUCGAUAAAAACACUGAGCUGAUAGAAGAUAUUUGCGUUCUCUUUGAAGAGUUAAUCAAAAACGAAAAUCAACUUGAGAAAUUCAAAAGAAUAUUAAACUACUACGCGCAAUAUAUUAACCCAGAGAAUUCUCAUUCACAUCUAGAUACUGCUUCCUUCAGAGUAGAGCAUGCGAAUGACGUAGUCAACUCAUUCAAAAUUUAAUUUUUGGUGCAUUCUGUUGUCCUUCCUAAGCAAUUAUAUAUAUGUUUAAAUAAAAUGUACUUCCAGCAAUAAACAAUUAACUCAA